AUGGGGGCAGCAUAUGGAACCGCUAAGUCCGGCAUCGGUAUCUCGGGUGUGGGAACUUUCAGCGAUACUAUUGUGUAUGGUCUUGUCAUUGCAGUUCUCAUCGCACAGGACAUGCAACCACCUCCGCUACCAAGGCAGAGCUUAUAUACGUACGUGCAAUCUGCAAUUUGCGUCUCGAUCUGGAAUGGGUUCAUGCACCUUGCAUCAGGACUGUCGGUUGGCCUCGCAGGCAUGGCUGCCGGAUACACUAUUGGAAUUGUUGGAGAUGCGGGUGUACGUGCGUACCUGCAGCAAUCCCGGGUCUACGUCGGGAUGAUUCUUAUCCUAAUCUUCGGCGAAGUUCUUGGUCUCUAUGGGUAUGUGACUAUUGUUAUCCCUAAAUAUGGAUUUGACGCUAACUGUGAUAGACUAAUUGUGGGCCUGAUCCUGAAUUCUAAGAGCCACCCUUAA